UCCUGGUUCUCUUUUCAGAGUCAUGUCUCUUAUUGGAAUUUGCUACGCCGUCACCUCACCCACAGUUGUCUCCAUCUACCUCUGCCCUCGGCAUUCAUCUCUCCAGCCCCCGCUGUUCUUUCCCUGCUUUUCUUCUGAAGGAGCCAGCCGGAGCACUGACUCCCUCAUCCCCGGGCGUCCAGGCGACGUCGAGGUUGAUUCUUGGCCGGCGGUGUGCGGCGUGCAGCGGAAGAGUUCUCCCGAAAGGCAGAAGUUUUUUUGCUGUGAGGCAGUUAGAGAAGUGAGGAUGACAGAUUUAUUUAGCGGGAUACAAGCUGCUAUGGUGAUUAAUCGUGUAGAAAACAGUGACCAAUCCCUGAAAGAUUGGGUUAGCGACGAGGAUGGUUCAGGUGGUUUCACUGGAUUACCAGGGACACCAUGUUUUACUUCCAGGCUUUCAUUGCUCAAAGUUGGUUCAGUUGUUGCCAAGUUCAGUGAUUUCAAGCGGCAGCUAGUUAUGGAGACUGGUUUUGGGGGGUUUCUAGAGGUGAAGGCAUGGCAGAAGAUUAAUCUGAAGUAUAGCGCUAUUUUAAUGGACCGAGUGCAUGUAGAAUCCUGCACAAUCAACCUUGAGGAACAGGGCGUGCUUGAACUGUCCGAACAGAAGCUUAAUUAUGUUUUUGGCAUCCCCUCUGGUGAAUUCGAUAUAAACGGCGAAGGCGUCGAGCCAUCAGAAGCCUGCACCGAGUACACUCGAAUGGCAGCAUCAUUCAGCGACAAAGGCACACAUAGCCUAAAAGCAGCUGAAAAUGUUUUGCUUGGAGCUAUAUCAGAAGCGUCCUCCCAAAUAUAGCAGGACUGUUUCAAGAUUGCAUUUGUUAUUUUUAUAAUCGGUCAUGUGCUGGCUCCCACCUUCAAACAUGAUUAUAUAUCCAUAGACUUCUGGGCUGCAUGGACCUCCUUCAUCAUAUUCAUGAAAACUUCAUAACACUGAACAUUGCUGUCACCAAGCACCACACACUCAAGAGCUUUCAUGUACAUAGUGUGAUGCCUGAAUGUAUCACUAGCAGGAGGCCCUCUGUCUUUCUGGUACCUGGCCAAGUGUUCCGGGAGAAUGUCACGAGCCUGUCUUGUCCAGCGCUUCAUUAUAUGCUUCUCAGGUAUUUUUGCCAAACGGAAGUGAACCAUCACACAUAAUAUUAUACUGGACAUCAAUCAACUAGUCUCAUAUGGACAAACGGAGCGACAACAUGAUUUUUUUAGUCAUCACAAAGGAUACAAACCUGCAAAGUAUGGCAGCACACUAGGCCAGAUGUUCAAACAUGCCACACUCGCAGCUGAAAAAACUUUCAUCCUCACUGACUUCAAUUUUGAACUCGACUUUACUCCAUUUCUCUCUGUUUGCUGCUUCAACAUGUGUCGACUUAUAAAUCCUCCUAGAAACAAUCGCAUCCAGUACAUGUGCCCCACAUUUGUACAACUCUUCACCAAACUUCUCAAACAUGGCCCUCGUGUAAACUUUGCUAGCAUGCCUCUCUAACGGAAGGUUAAAUCUAAGAGAUACACCACUCCGCAACGGAAUAGACACACACACACACACACAUCACAAUUGUUAGGAUGACAACCAUUUUCAAGUAUGAAGGCUUACAGAGAAAGUAGGACAUUUUAAACACUCGUUUUCAAUGAACACAAAUGUAGGGGGAACGAUGAAGAUUUUUACCAGUGAUGUUCUUUUCUCCUAGAAGCUUUCUUCAGAUUGUCGGUCAAAUUGAAGCUUCUCAAACUGCUUGAGGAACAGAUGCAUUGGACAUCCUGGAGGCACGUACCCCUUUAGCAGGUGAUUUGCGCUCUCACUCCUUUGUGUGCUCGUCAUUUUAGCAAAGAAGACACCCAUGAAAUAUGGUUUAGCUCAUUUAUGCCGGACUUCGUAUAUCUGCGUCAGAAACAGAUGUUUCUUGAGUGAGUACUUGUCCAACAUCUGCUGCCACCCUUGCUCAAAUUCCUCUUCCGCGUUCAUGUGAUGUACAAGCUUGUGAAACUCCAUUUUGAAUUCACUGUUCUUGCUCCAAAGCACACCCAUUGACUCUUUCGCUUUUUUCAGGACAUGCCACUUGCACCAACGAUGUACUGUGUUUGGCAUUUCUGCCUCGAUUGCAAUUUCCAUAGAGCGCGCUUGGUCUGUAAGUAUGGUUUGCGGAUGCUUCCCACCAACCAUACGUAUGAACUCCCGGAACACCCACUUGAAAGAUUCUUCUUUCUCAUCUCUCAUCAUGACCCCUCCAAAGACUAUACUCAGGAAGCGAUUGUUGACACCAACGAAAAGACCAAACGACAUGUCAUAUAGGUUGGUCCUGUAUGUUGUGUCAAAUGUAAUUGCAUCACCGAAAUACCUAUACUGAUCACACCCCCUACUCGUAACCCACAUGAGUGUUUUUAUCCUGCUGUCUUCAUCUACUUGCACGGUGUAAUUGAAGUCUGGAUCAUUUGCUUUCAUAUC